AUGGCCGCUCAUAAAUCCGUAUCGCACGGCGAUGUGAUCCCCAUAUCCUCCGAGGACGACACCCAAGAUCAGAUUGGGUCAAAUGGUUCGACUCCUACGCCGACUGGAAUCGCUACACCCGAGCCCGAUCCCGCCGACAAGCGUCUGCCGUCUAUCAUGCACAACUACUUCCAGGUUGGUUCUUUCUCCGGUGAUAAAGCGAGUCUGCCGCGGUUAUGGUCCUGUCUGUCGAAAUCAUCUGAGCCUCAACCCAAUGCGCACACCCAACACUCCUCCGGUUCCUCCGAGUCAUUUGUGAUGAUGGAGCAGGAAGAUGGGUUUGACAAAAUGGAAGACGAACACUCCAGCUUGCCUACCCCUCCUCAUUCCUUGUUACAACAUGAGUCGGAUGAAAUGGAACUCGGAACGAGCCCCGGAGUGUCGUCUAUCUUUACAACCCUGAAGAAAUAUUUGGUCCCACCCACACACACCCCUCCCGAGGAUAGCCCUUCCCGUCGUCAAACCUCUCUCCCAGUCUCCAGCAUCUCUGACGACCCCGUUCUUGCCACACAUUUCUCCAACCCAUCCCUCCCUUCUCCCUCAGAUGAUGUUUCCCUGACCGAAGCCCCCUCCUGGACCACGAAAAGCCGCAUGUUUCAGUAUCUUCCGAGAAUCUUGCCAAGCUAA